UCAUGCUGCUGCCAGGUCCAGAGUGUCUCAUGGGUCCCUGUACGGCCUCCCAUUGCUGCUGUCUCCAUCGCCACACUCUGCCAUGUGCCACUUUCAGGUCUCCUCACACUGCUGGUGUGUUCCAUUUUUUGUCAUAGGGUGCUGGCAGAUUACGGGCCUCCCAUAGCUGCUGCCAGGCCCCUAAUCUGCCAUGGGCCCCUAUACCGCCUCCUCAUGCUGCUGCCAAGUCCAGAGUCUCUCAUGGGUCCCUGUACGGCCUCCCAUUGCUGCUGUCUCCAUCGCCACACUCUGCCAUGUGCCA